CCAAACCCAGCCUCCACGAAUUCUGAGUGUGAUGGGCUGGCAUGGCCUUUCGACCGGCCUUGGUGACUGGCAAGUUGCAGGCUUGCCUUCGCAUAGCUCGAGGGGGUGCUCAGGCAUUUCAUGGGCCCUUUUGGUCACCUGCAGCCAGGCAACGUCGAGGCUUCUCAGUCGAUCGGCUGAAAGAAAGCCUGGCCCUUCACGCAGAGGUCUCGCGAUGUGUGUUCAUCGAGAAUGUUGCCUACGUCGUGAGGAAGCAGGAGUCGACGAAGGCCAUGCUGCUAGAUGAGAGUGUGGGAGACUGGGAGCUGGAGAAGCACUUGAUGCGCAAGGCCACUGACUGGGGGAUCCCUCAAGAGCUGGUGCCAAAGGUGCGCGUGCUCGAUGAGUUGCCAGGGCCGGAGAGCUUUGUGGUGCCCUUCUCGUUGCUUCGCAUGUUGCAUGUGCUCUUCCAGGAGGUGGAUGCCAGCCAGAGUAACCACAUUUGCCUUCAAGAGUUCCUGAGCUUCUGCAAAAAGACGCAGAUCUUUACGGCCGAUGAGGCAAGUCAGGUGUUCUUGAGCAAGCGAUCGCUACCUUCAACUUCGGAACUUCUGUUUAGUGAGAACGAUAUCUUCCACUUGAACAACGAAUAUGAUACCGACAAAGCCAUCAAGUUCAAUGACUUUCAACAACUCAUCUUGGACGCAGGGAUCCUCGACUUCACGUCCUUCCGCGCGAUCGGCGACCCCUUGGGCAGUCCAUUGGUCUCGUUUUUUGUGGACGAACGGGUGCUUCAGAUCAUUCUCGCCCAUUGGUUUGCACUCUACGAUUUUAAUCAAGAUGGCCGGCUGCAAUUGGAGGAGUAUGCCCGUUUGGUGGCUGACUAUCAGCUUCCCCUGACCGCAGCGGAUGAAAUCUACACCCGCGCAAUCAAAGACCGCAUGGUCGGAUUGGACAUGCUGGAUUUUCAAGCGUUGCUGGUGAAGUCUGGUGUUCUCGCCACUGGUACUUCCAUUGAAAAGGAUGAUGAGAUGGGGAGGAAUUGGCGGCAGAUCGAGGCCUCUCAACAGUUUCUUGUUCCUCAGCGAGUCUUUAUCGCUGACGGUCGGUCAGGGACAUUUUCACCACCCAAGGGCGAUGGCCACUUGCGCUUUGUGUGCCUCUCCGACACCCACGGCCAGCAUCGAGAGCUCUCAUCACGGUUGCCACCUGGUGAUGUGCUUCUCCAUGGAGGCGAUUUCUCGAACGAGGGCAGCCUGGAGGAGGUCAUGGAUUUCGCGGCCUGGUUGCGAUCACUACCCUACCGGUACAAAGUGUUGAUCGCAGGCAACCACGAACUGACCUUUGAUCAAGCAUACACCGGCGAUCGAGUCAAAGGGACGGGCGACGUCUCAGUGCGGAGCGUGUUUCUCAAGUCCUUCGAUGCCAGCGAUGGUGUCAUCUAUUUGGAAGAUGAGGAGGUCGUGCUUCGUGGCGUGCGGAUUUACGGGACCCCUUGGCAGCCGGAGUUCCUGGAUUGGGCCUUCAACGUGCCACGACAAUCCAUCAAGGAGAAGUGGAAGGUGAUCCCCGAGAACCUGGAUGUGCUGCUGGUGCAUGGCCCGCCAUUGGGCCGUGGCGAUGCCUUAAUGCCCUCCAUGCGACGGCGCGGCUGCAUGGAUCUGCUCUUGGAAGUCCAAGAGCGGAUCAAGCCGCAGUUCUGCGUCUUCGGACACAUCCAUGAGGGUGCGGGCGUCACCUUUGAUGGUACCACGCACUUUGUCAAUGCCUCCUCCAUGAACGAGCACUACCAGUGUAUUCAUGCGCCCCUGGUGUUCGAUAUUCCGACCGUGUGAUGCCAUGACCGCAAUGCUCGACCUUGGAAAACAAGCGAA